AUUCACCACCAUAGAUCGGACGAGAAGUGACCGCGUUCAGCUGCAUCAUCUUGUUUUCUUUUUCUCCAACGCGCAGUGAAAGUGAUUUGCAAAAAAAAGGAAACUAAACUAAUUAGCCAAACCGUUAACGCAAACAAUGGAAGCGCUCCAGAAACUGCUAGCCCAGAUCAAGGUUCCGUGCGCCAACGACAAUGUCUACAAGGAGGAGUGUGUUUACAGCUUCGACAAUCCGGAAUCCGCCACCGGACUGUACGUGAAUCUGAGCAGUUUUCUUGGAUUUGGAGAACCGUACGCCAAAGGAUACGCGGAAAAGACUGGCAAUAAAAUAUUUCUGCAUCUAAAACGAGAUAAGAUUGAGGUGGAAGAAUCACCUGAGGAGGGUCCAGAGAAAAAAAUUACUCGACUGGCCAUCGGCGUGGAAGGUGGUUUCAAUCCGUCCGAGCAGAAAAAGUACGAAUACAAAGAGCAUUACAAGGUAGUGAUUCUGCCGGAGGGUACCAGUUUUAGCUAUCCGAAUCAGGAUUUACCGCUGAUUGUUCAGAACUCGGUGGAAGCAGUACUGAAUGCUGAAGCUGCCUCGGUUAAGCGGGAGCGGGAACAGUUAGCUGGAACAUGGGACGGAGAGAUAAGACAAAUUUCUCAACAUGCUGAGAAUCUGCUACAACUGGAUAACGGUAGGAAAAUACCUCCGACUGGGUGGAAAUGCGAACGCUGCGAUUUGACCAACAAUUUGUGGCUCAAUCUGACGGACGGUUCGAUUUUGUGCGGGAGAAAGUUUUACGAUGGUUCCGGUGGUAACGAACACGCAUUGAAUCACUACCGCGAGACCAAUUAUCCGCUGGCUGUGAAACUUGGAACGAUCACUGCCGACGGGAAGGGUGAUGUGUACAGCUAUCAGGAGGACGAUAUGGUCGAAGAUCCGUACCUGGUGAAACACUUGGCUCACUGGGGAAUUAACGUGGGUCAGCUGGAGAAGACGGAGAAGUCCAUGAUUGAAUUGGAACUUGAUCUCAAUCAGAAGAUAGGCGAAUGGGGUAUUCUUUGCGAGAGUGCUAGCAAUUUGAAACCGAUUGCUGGUCCCGGGUUGACUGGAAUGCGCAAUAUGGGUAACUCAUGCUAUCUGAACAGUGUGGUGCAGGUGAUGUUUACGAUUCCGGAUUUCGUCCGGCGGUAUGUGGAUGGUGCGCAGGAAUUCUUCGAAACAUACCCGGCUGAUCCGGCCAAUGACUUUAACAUCCAGAUGGCGAAACUUGGAACGGGGUUGUGCAGUGGAAGAUAUAGCGUUCUGACGGAGAAUAGUAUGGAUACUGUGGAUAGUGAAGCGGGAAUUGCUCCUACCAUGUUCAAAGCAUUGAUAGGCAAGGGUCAUCCGGAUUUUUCCACAAAACAUCAACAGGAUGCUCAGGAGUUUUUCCUCCAUUUGGUUAACAUACUGCAAAAACACAGCCGGCACCAGACUGAUCCAGCCGAAGCACUUAAAUUUAGUAUCGAGGAUCGUGUGGAAUGCUGCUCUAGCGGAAAGGUGAUGUACAACCGGCGCGAUGACUGGUGUCUUCCGCUACAGAUCCCAUUGAACAUGGCUACCAAUAUUGCUGAGGUGAAGAAGUACGAAGAAGACCUAGCGUUAGCCGAGAAAGAAGGUCGCCGGUUGGAUCCGGAAGCUUUGGUACGUCCAAAAAUCCCACUCAGCGCAUGCCUAGAUGCGUUUGCUCAACCGGAAAUCGUAGAACAAUUCUACAGUACGGCAAUCAAUGCUAAAACAACGGCCAAAAAGACUACCAAAUUGGCCACCAUGCCGGACUUCUUAAUGCUUCACUUGAAAAAGUUCACCCUCAAGGAAGACUGGACUUCGGUCAAGUUAGACGUAGCUAUCGACAUUCCGGAAGUGCUAGAUUUAGAGACACUGCGGGGAACUGGUAAACAACCGACUGAAGAAGAGCUUCCAGAACUGGUCGGCAAAGCCCCAACUCCUCCGCCAAUGGAUCCGGCCGUGAUGGAGCAGCUGAUGGCCAUGGGUUUCCCUCCGGAAGCAUGCAAACGUGCAAUCUUCUUUACUAAAAAUACCGGCGCAGAGGCGGCUACCCAAUGGAUCAUGGAACAUAUCGCCGAUGCUGACUUUGCUGCUCCGUUUGUUCCACCGGGAACCGACAUCGGCAAAGACAAAGCUGCACCGGCAUUUAUACCGGAUCCAAUGGGACUGGAGAUGCUGAUGGGGAUGGGUUUCACCGAACUGCAGGCCAGCAAAGCUCUGAAGGAAACUCAGAACAACACGGAACGAGCGGUCGAUUGGAUCUUCUCCCAUACGGAUGAGCUGGACAGUUUGGCGUUGGGUGGUGCACUGGAGGAAUCUAACGCGCAAGCAGCAUCCUCAAGUGGGCCACAAUAUCGUGAUGGACCUGGCAAAUAUAAACUGGUGGCAUUUAUUUCCCACAUGGGCACCUCUUCGCAGGUUGGCCAUUACGUGUGUCACAUCUUUAAGGACGGUCAAUGGGUGAUUUUCAACGACAACAAAGUGGCGAUCUCACAGAAUCCUCCCAAGGAACUCGGCUACCUGUAUCUAUAUCAACGGGUUUAAAACUCACCGCUGUAAUCAAGGAGGACUUUCUUUCAACAGUUUUGGUAGAAUUUGCUCUAUGUUUCAUUUGUUCUUUGCUCUUAAAUCUAAUUUCUAACUUAUUGUCAACAAUAAUAAUUAAACGUCAACAUGAUUCUAUGAAUUAA